GCAGUCAUCAAACUUGGCCUUUGGAGCCUGAUAUAUCAUCUGUGUCCGUCCCUUCGCUCGUUUGAGGUUUGCUACAGUAGUCAUACUUUCUUUGAUUCGACUCCUUCUCCGAUCGUUACUGUCACAUCAUUCAUUCGUUACAAGAUGCCUGACAACAAGGAUUGCGUAAUUGACGUUGGAGACGUCUCCUCUCCUACAAACUGCAUCACCGAAAAGCCCGCCCCCAAGAGUAAUUGGUCGCCAUCCCAAGUUAUUGGACAGUCAUCUUCGUGGAUCUCGGAAUGGACGCCCUUCGGCCUUGUCGUCUCCUACUAUAUUUUCUCCGUCUGCAUGUACAUGUAUUGCAGUGAUAGCCUCAUAGCUAUCUUCUGGUUUAUCUACAUGUGUACCAACUUCUACAUCGCCGGUACCACGGUGCUCGAGGCUUUCUUCAGUAUCACGCCCUGUCGCGAGGCAAGGGAAGUGGUUACUCAAGCCCAAGACAGAAAAUGGCACUUUCCUACGCCAGACAGCAAACUACCCAUCUUGGAUCUUCUCAUCGUUGCCUAUCUGCCCAACGAACAAGACAUCAUCAUGGACCGCGCUUAUUACGCGCUCAAGGAGAUUGCCUACCCCAGCGAUCGAAUCCGAAUUAAUGUACUUUACAACACACCAAAGCCAAUCGAGCCGCUGGAGACGGAACUGGCCGAGCUGCCACUGCGCUUCCCUCACGCUAGAGUUAUCAAGGUUCCCGGCUCGACAUCCAAGGCCGACAAUCUUAACUAUUUCUUCACGUUAGAUACGGGAUCAGACCUAAUUGCGAUCUACGAUUGCGACCACUACCCCCACCCCAACGCACCUAGGUGGGCGGCUGAACGAUUCAUGGCAGAGAAGGACGUGGAUAUCGUCCAAGGCCGGUGUAUCGUAUUCAACUCGGAAGACUCAUUCAUGACCAGCAUGAUAUCCGUAGAAUUUGACAAGAUCUACGCAGUAUCGCACCCUGGUCGUUCGACAAUGUGGGGCUUCGGACUGUUCUGCGGAUCGAAUGGUUAUUGGCGCACGUCUCUCCUUCGCGAUCUCAAAAUGGACGAGAGCAUGCUAACCGAGGACAUCGAUUCGGCGUUGCGGGCAUUCUCCAAGGGCGCUAAGACGGUUCAUGAUCUCAAUGUUACUUCAUAUGAGCUGGCCCCUACAACCUUUGCCGCCUUUUGGAAGCAGCGACUCCGAUGGGCUCAGGGAUGGGCUCAGGCCAGCAUGCGUCACAUGAAGAUGGUUUGGAACGGCGUCAAGGAUCCCUUACACGAGGAACAUGCCAAGCGGAGCUUCACAGCCCGGUUUGGUAUGCUAUCGCUGCUGCUCAUCCGCGAGUCAUCUUACUAUCUCGUUACACAAUACACUUGUCUUGUGGCAUCGUUCGUUAUCGUCAAGUUCCCGACCAACGGGGAGGAGCUGUGGAAGUUGGUCUAUUUCCAGUACCCUAUCUCACAGUGGCUUUUCAUUAUUAGUGUUAUUUGCUUGAUUGCUACCCUCUGGAUCACCAACCAGGUCAAGUCCGAGUUUGUGUCAAGGAAGAUGAUCAUUCUCUUCUCCGUCUUGUACCCAUUUUACCUUGUUCUCAGUGCGACUAUUGGUCUGUAUGGCCAUGCGCGCCAGCUUGUCAAGUACAGCUCUUGGAACCCAACAGCCAGGAAAUAGCCUGGCAGUCUGGACCUUCCACCUUAAUGAUUAUGUGCAUAUCGUCCCUCAAUGGGCUGAAGAGACCCGCCCUCUCUUUUCUUUUCUUAGGUAUAAAUAGUUACGCGGCUUGAGUAGAGACAAGGGCAAUAUUGGCCCUCAAACAUAUUUCCAUAAUAUCAAAAAUACUUCUUUUUUUCCG